GAUAUGGUUCUGAACGGGGACAUGGUCGAGAACUAUCUCGAGAUGACCCAGACCCUUUACAAACUUCGAGAAACCGCACCCGAGACGGUCCCGAGCGACCAGCUAAAUAAUUUUUACGGGACCCUAACGAAAGACCAGCUGAAGCGGGCAUACCCCGGGCUGAUGCGCGUGGAGGUCCUCUUGGACGAGGACAAGUAUGGGACGCAGACCGAGCUGGAUCCGGUGCCCGUCUUUGCUGACAAGCAAGACAUCGAUCCAAGGCACUGCUGCCACAUCGAGGACUUUGCAGUCAGCGAGAACCGGCCGAAAUCGCUGGGGAGCGACAAGCUAUUUCUGUGGGAGACCAACGUGAGUUGAUUCUUAGUUUUUGGGAUUCUUUUUGCUUUGCGGCGGUGUGGUGUUCCAUUUUGUUGUGUGUUGUGCUGUGCUGUGCUGUGCUGUGCUGUGCUGUGCUGUGCUGUGCGGUGCGGUGCGGUGCUAUCCAGUUGCACAAACGGUACUCGUAGUUUUUGUCAGUGUUUCUCACUCUCCCACGUUUGUUUUUAUGUAAAAAUUCCACCGAUUGCAAACUCGACUACCCAAUCACAAUCACGACGACAAAAACGUAACUAAACAAUCCUAAUCCCAACGAACCAAACUAAAACUAAAACACGGACCAAGAUUGUCGCUCUGGGGGUGCGGCACGUCGACGAACUCGGCUGGGUAACCCUGUUGCGUGGCCCACGGGCCCGGCAGGGAGAGACGGGACUGACCAUCUCCGAUUUUUGGAGCGGGACGCAGAAGUAUUUUGAUUCCAAAACGAGGCGACCGCCGCCGGGCUCCUUCAACCACGUCAACAAUGAGGGGGGCUGGAUGGGAACCCGGCAACAAAUAUGGGAAUGGCACACAGAGAUUUGCUUGGGUGGUAAGUGUGGAAUUUGUGUGAUUUUGGAUGGUAGAAUAGUUUCAGCGUGGUCAUUGAACAUUACCAAGAGUGCGUUGACAUUGCAGUUUGUUGUCGGCCAAGAGCAUUGCUCAGCUAACCAACGCCGGUUCAUUUUCCCAAUCUUUCUCUGCGACAUCAACAACAGGAUUUUUGCCUCCGUUUGAUUCACCACAUUACAAUUAUGUAAGUUGAGUAAAAACAAAUGAUCGUUCGUUGCGUCGAUUCGUCUCGAUCCAUUAUGCUCUCUCUGUAUCUGCAGUUUGCACUUACAAUAGAUACCGCUUGCAUUUUUGUUUUUCGUUGCCUUUCCCGUGGCGUGAAAUGGCGCGGGAUAGGAUGGCCUUGACCCCCGGAACGUCGAGUUUUGGUCCGGUGGUCUGAAUUUGUUCACGGCACGCCACGCCUGCAACAUGCAACGACUCGUCAGCCUAGAUCCUGACAAGUUUUCGAAGCAACUCAUUUAUCACUCAGCCAAUAACAAGCAGCGGCAACUGCACGGAAAGAGGCAUACGUUUGUCAAAAUCAAUGAUUUGUACGGGCAGCUUUUGACCGUGAGCAAGGAUGCCGAGGAGAAAAUGGACGGAAAGUAGCAAGAAGCAAACCAACUCCUUCGAGCACUAUCUUUCGGUGUUAGAGCAGCACUAUCUUGCAGUCUCGACAGAACCCGAAAAAGCUGCGGUACCGGUAGGGGUUGAAUACAAUGCACGUUGUCUA